UUGUUGGUUUAUUGCAAUAUGAAAUUAAAAAUAUCAACUUUUAAAGAACCCAAGCAUGUUGGGGUUGUUGUAUGUGUAAGUUGGAAUAAUACUGAAGAUGUUUUUUCAUGUGGCGAUGACCACAAGCUCCUCAAAUGGAACUUAGUGAACAGCGAAUGUAUGGUCAUCACCACAUUUUCUGAUGACUUUUAUCCAACUGGCAUGCACUUGUUCCCAAAAGUUAACGUUGGCGGCAAUAAACAUCAGCACGAUGUUAUUUUGAUAUCUUCUGCUGAUGGAAAAUUUCAUAUUGUAAAUCACAAUGGCCGCAUAGAGAAAAGUGUUAAUGCCCAUCAAGGAGCUUGUUUAACUGCCCAGUGGAGUCCAGAUGGCGCAGGACUCCUAACAGCUGGUGAAGAUGGAUUCGUAAAAGUCUGGUCCAGAAACGGGCUGCUUCGAUCUACAAUCGUACAGUCAGACGUGCCGUGUUACAAUGCAGUGUGGAGUCACGACAGCAGCGCUAUACUUUACACCAAAGGAAACUUUCUCGUCAUCAAACAGCUGAAUUCGAACACUAAGAUUACCAAAUGGAAGGCCCAUGAUGGAUUGAUUUUAUGCGCAGCUUGGAACGCCAACAACAAUUUGAUAAUAUCUGGCUCCGAAGAUGGCCUUACCAAGAUCUGGGACACGUUUGGCCAGCAGAUCUCAGUGAGUGUAAAACACGACCAGCCUAUCACCAGCGUUAGCUGGUCUCCUGCUGGGGACCUGUUCAUCAUCGGCAGCUACAACCUGAUCAGAUUGUGCAACGCUAAUGGAUGGUCUCACUGCCUGGAUCGCCCUUCAACAGGUAGUAUUUACAGUCUCGCCUGGUCAUCUGAUGGGACCCAGUUGGCUGCAGCUUGUGCUAAUGGCCAUGUGCUGUUUGCACAUGUUAUUGAUAGAGAGUACACAUGGAAAAAUUUCGCAUGCACCCAAGUCGGCAGGAAGGUGAUAUCUAUAAAAGACAUCAUCACCGACCAGAGCGACCAACUGGAUUACCCAGACAGAGUGAUACAGAUGGCCCUUGGAUAUAACCACUUGGUGAUCGCCACGGUGAAGCAGUGCUUCAUCCAUAAACUGACAUCUUGGAAUACUCCAGUCACGUUUGAUUUGAAGGAAGGGACGAUCAGUAUGAUACUUCUAGCAGAAAGAUGUCUCUGUAUUGUGGAAAGGGCCGGACUCUCAGUGUACAGUUACAUGGGGCGGCUGCUAGCCAGUCCUCGUUGGGGAGCCCGCCCCGAAACCCUGGGCAGAGCUGCAGUAUCGCUUGGUCCCGAUUCCCUGGCUGCCAUAGACCAGACAGAUAAGAAAUUGAUCCACGUUUUUGAUCUCCCCACUGGAAUCGUAGUACGAAGCUCAGCAGAUAACGCUGUAACGAAGCUAUCCCACAAGAUGACUGUCUCAUCCAUAGCUUUGAGCCAGACUGGACCGAUCAAUGAAAGGCAGCUAGCUUUACUGGACUAUAACAGAGACUUGUAUGUUGUCACUGUAAAGGACAGUAAGCCUAAGUUUGUGAAGCUAGGUUCACAAAUCCUAAGCGUGGCUUGGAGCGCAGAAACGGAGUUGCUGGUGGGACUACGAGCUAAUUCCGCUGUUGCAUGGUGUUGCCCAAGGGCGGCCACUCAGCCGGACUGGCUAGCUCUUACCACAGUGAAUAAGGAGAUUAGUGACUUAGGCCGUAAUCCAACAAUCGUCAGCAUUGAGGAUGGCGUUGCAAGAAUAUGUCGCGGCAAUGGAUCUAUUUUGCACGUCUCCCUUGCUGCAUUCCCUGAGAAGCUCCUGAAACAUGUUGCUGCUAAUAUGUGGCAAGCUGCUCUGCAGCUAUGCCGAACUGUAGAAGAUGAGACACUAUGGGCUUGUUUAGCAGUGCUAGCAUGGCAGCAUAACCAACUUGCAGUAGCCGAGGAAGCCUUCGCACUGAUACAUCAGUAUCAUCAAGUCUGUUACAUACAACAUCUCAGGACCAAUAUUCCCGAAAAGCUGAACUAAAUGAAUGUGAAGCAUAA